CAUAUUUCCUCCGCUCGCAUUUUCUAGCAAAUUUCAUUCCCCCUACUUGCUUCCUAAAGAAAAAGUCGUAUCCAAGACAAGACAAAAACGAAAGCUCGUUCCCUCUUCCUUCCUUGAUCACCUUAAUGUGAAUCCUUUGGGAUCGGAUUUCUGCAGAUCUGAAUUUCCUUCGCAACAACGCCAAUGCUAUCGACGUCUCAAACCCUCGGCGGGCCAUCCUGUUGCGGCCGCGUGCUUGGUCCAUUGCUUGACAAGAUCAUCAAGAACGCCGCCUGGAGGAAGCACUCGCACCUCGUUUCCUCCUGCAAAUCCGCUCUCGACAAGCUUGACACCCUCACCGACGUUUCCAUCUCUGAUUCGGCUUCCCCGCUCCGUGGCAUCUCCCUUUCCGACGCCGAAUUGGUCCUCCAUCCCGUUGUUCUCGCGCUAGAUGCUAAUUAUGCUAAGGUCGCAGAGCCUGCUCUGGAAUGUGUCUAUAAGUUGUUCUCUCUCGGCCUCAUUCGUGGGGAGAUCGAUAGCAGUUUUCCAAAUUCUAUACUUUUUAGGAUUGUACAAAGUGUGUGCAAGGUAGGUGGCAUCGGCGAGGAGGCGAGCGAGCUUGCAGUGUUGAAGGUCUUGCUCGCUGCUGUUCGGUCGCCGUGCGUAUUGAUCCGUGGGGAAUGUCUUGUUAAUGUUGUUAGGACUUGUUAUAAUGUAUAUUUGGGUGGGGUGAAUGGGACCAAUCAGAUCUGUGCCAAGUCUGUUCUAGCUCAGAUUGUAGUCAUUGUGUUCACCAGAGUCGAGGAAGAUACUGUAGACGCUUCUAUCAAAACGGUUUCCGUCAAUGAGCUACUCGAGUUCACUGAUAAGAAUUUGAAUGAAGGAAGUUCAAUAUAUUUUUGUCAGAAUUUUGUAAAUGAGGUUUUGAGUGCAUGUGAAGGGGUUCCUGAUUUAAAGCUUCUACAGCAGAUUUCUGCCAAGGAGUUGCAAUAUGGUGAAACUAUUGGGUCAAAAGGGGAGGAGAAGAGUGAAUUUGCUGAGAGAGAGUUGAAGGAGGGAGUGGAAUCAGGUUUGGGUGGUGGUAGUAAAAUUAGGGAGGAUGGGUUUCUUCUUUUUAAGAAUUUGUGUAAAUUGUCUAUGAAAUUCUCGUCACAGGAGAAUCCAGAUGACCAGAUACUUUUAAGGGGGAAGACAUUGUCCCUUGAACUUCUCAAAGUCAUUAUGAACAAUGGGGGUCCAAUUUGGCGUUCAAAUGAUAGGUUUCUCAGUGCUGUUAAGCAAUACCUCUGUUUGUCCUUGUUGAAAAACAGUGCAUUGUCAGUAAUGUCAAUUUUCCAGCUCCAGUGUUCUAUUUUCAUGAUCUUGUUAGCAAAAUUCAGAUCAGGAUUGAAGGAUGAAAUUGGUAUUUUUUUUCCUAUGCUUGUCCUCCGGGUGCUUGAAAAUGUUCUCCAGCCCAGUUUUCUGCAAAAAAUGACUGUCCUCAAUAUGUUGGAAAAGAUCUCUCAGGAUUCACAUAUUAUCAUUGAUAUAUUUGUGAACUAUGACUGCGAUGUGGAUGCCCCAAACAUAUUUGAAAGGAUUGUAAACGGCCUUCUGAAAACUGCUCUAGGGCCCCCACCUGGUUCGACCACAACUUUGUCUCUGGUCCAGGACAUAACUUUUCGUCAUGAAUCAGUAAAGUGCUUGGUUAGCAUUAUUAAGUCCAUGGGAACUUGGAUGGACCAACAACUGAGGAUUGGUGAUUUCUAUCUGCCUAAGGGGUUGGACAUUGACACUUCAGUUGAGAGCCAUUCAACCCCAACAGGUGAAGAUUCUUCUGUUUGUGACUAUGAGUCACACCCAGAAAUGAAUUCAGAAUUGUCUGAUACUGCUACUCUUGAGCAACGCCGAGCUUACAAGAAAGAACUCCAGAAAGGUAUUGCAUUGUUUAAUAGGAAGCCUUCCAGGGGAAUUGAGUUUCUAAUAAACACCAAAAAGGUUGGAGGUUCUCCAGAAGAAGUGGCUACCUUCCUGAAGAACACCACUGGCCUAAACGAAACCAUGAUUGGUGACUAUUUAGGUGAAAGGGAGGAAUUUGCAUUGAGAGUUAUGCAUGCAUAUGUAGACUCUUUCAAUUUUAAAUCAAUGGAUUUUGGAGAAUCAAUAAGGUUUUUCCUACGGGGCUUCAGGUUACCUGGGGAGGCACAAAAAAUUGAUCGCAUCAUGGAAAAGUUUGCUGAGCGCUAUUGUAAAUGCAAUCCAAACUCAUUCACUAGUGCAGAUACUGCCUAUGUUCUGGCUUACUCAGUGAUAAUGCUCAAUACAGAUGCCCAUAACAGCAUGGUGAAAGAUAAGAUGACCAAGUCUGAUUUCAUCCGAAAUAACCGAGGAAUUGAUGAUGGCAAGGAUUUGCCAGAAGAGUAUCUCAGUGCGCUCUAUGAUCAAAUUGUGAAAAACGAAAUUAAGAUGAAUGCUCCUUCUUCUGUUCCACAAAGCAAGCAGGUGAACAGCUUUAAUAAGCUAUUGGCUUUGGAUGGUAUACUCAAUUUAGUCACUGGGAAGCAGACUGAAGAAAAACCAGUGGGUGCAAAUGGGCUUCUUAUACGGCACAUCCAAGAGCAGUUUAAGGCAAAAUCUGGAAAAUCUGAGUCUGUUUAUCAUGCAGUUACAGAUGUAGCAAUCUUGAGGUUCAUGGUAGAAGUCUGCUGGGGACCUAUGUUGGCUGCAUUCAGUGUCACACUUGAUCAGAGCGAUGACAGACUUGCUACUUCUCAGUGCUUACAAGGAUUUCGUCAUGCCAUACAUGUAACAGCAGUAAUGGGUUUGCAGACUCAAAGAGAUGCUUUUGUCACAUCUGUGGCCAAGUUCACAUAUCUUCAUUGUGCUGCAGAUAUGAAGCAAAAGAAUGUGGAUGCUGUGAAGGCAAUAAUAUCAAUUGCCAUUGAAGAUGGUAAUCAUCUACAGGAAGCCUGGGAACAUAUAUUAACAUGCCUUUCCAGAAUUGAGCAUCUGCAAUUGUUAGGUGAAGGAGCUCCAACUGAUGCAGCUUUUUUCACUGCAUCUAAUCCUGAGACGGAUGAGAAAACAUUGAAGUCUAUCAGUUUACAGUCUUUGAAGAAAAAGGGAACUCUCCAGAAUCCAGCUGUUAUGGCUGUUGUUCGUGGUGGUUCAUAUGACAGCAACACAGUUGGAGUUAAUACUUCAGGACUGGUGACAUCGGAGCAGAUUAAUAACUUCAUUUCAAACUUGAAUUUAUUGGAUCAGAUUGGUAGUUUUGAGUUGAACCACGUUUUUGCCAAUAGCCAAAGGUUAAACAGUGAAGGAAUAGUAGCCUUUGUGAAAGCCCUUUGUAAAGUUUCUAUGUUGGAGCUGCAGUCACCAACAGACCCUCGAGUAUUUAGCCUCACUAAACUUGUUGAAAUUGCGCAUUACAAUAUGAACCGCAUCAGAUUAGUUUGGUCUCGUAUGUGGAAUGUUCUCUCUGAUUUCUUCGUUUCAGUUGGAUUGUCAGAGAAUCUCUCUGUUGCAAUCUUUGUGAUGGAUUCAUUGCGGCAGCUUGCUAUGAAAUUCUUAGAGCGUGAGGAGCUGGCAAAUUACAAUUUCCAGAAUGAAUUUUUGAGACCAUUUGUCAUUGUCAUGCAGAAAAGUAGCUCAGCUGAAAUUAGAGAAUUAAUAGUUAGGUGCAUUUCUCAGAUGGUCCUUAGCCGUGUCAGUAACGUGAAAUCUGGGUGGAAAAGUGUUUUUAUGGUUUUCACAGCUGCUGCUGCAGAUGAAAGGAAGAAUAUUGUCUUGCUGGCUUUUGAGACUAUGGAAAAAAUAGUACGGGAAUAUUUUCCAUAUAUAACUGAGACAGAGACUACAACUUUUACUGAUUGUGUUAGAUGCCUCCUCACAUUCACAACUAGCAGAUUUAAUAGUGAUGUUUGCUUCAAUGCAAUUGCAUUUCUACGUUUCUGUGCUGUCAAGCUUGCAGAGGGAGGACUUGUUUGCACUGAGAAGAGCAGUGUUGAUGACUUAUCCAUUUCAGUUGAAAAUGAUGGUUCAGAUGUUCAGAGUCUGACUGACAUUGAUGAUUAUGGCUCCUUUUGGGUUCCCUUGCUCAAAGGUCUUUCAAAACUAACUUCUGAUUCAAGAUCAGCAAUUCGGAAGAGUUCUUUGGAAGUUCUUUUCAACAUUUUGAAGGAUCAUGGUCAUCUAUUCUCUCGAUCAUUCUGGAUUAUCAUUUUCAAUUCAGUUGUUUUCCCUAUAUUUAGUGGUGUAUGUGACAAGAGGGACGUACUUAUUAAAGAUGAACAAGAUUCCCAAAGUCCAAAUUCUCCACAUCUUGAAGGAAGUAUAUGGGAUUCUGAAACUUCGGCUGUGGCAGCUCAGUGUCUAGUAGAUCUUUUUAUCAGUUUCUUCAAUGUGGUGAGAGCUCAGCUACCAAAUGUGGUAUCAAUACUGACUGGAUACAUAAGAAGUCCUAUUCAAGGACCUGCCACCACUGGGGUUGCAGCAUUAUCGCGUUUGACAGGGGAUUUGGGAAGCAGAUUUUCAGAAGAUGAAUGGCGAGAAGUUUUUCUAGCUUUGAAGGAGGCAGCUGCAUCUAUGGUGCCAGGCUUUAUGAAGCUCUUGAGAACCAUGGAUGAUAUCAAGGUGCCAGAAUAUUCAUUAUAUGCUAAUACUGGGACUAGUUCUGACCAUGGUUUAAAUAAUGAAGAUCUUGAGGAUGAUAAUCUGCAAACUAUGGCAUACAUCGUUUCAAGAAUGAAGAGUCAUAUUGCAGUCCAACUGCUUAUCAUACAGGUUGUAACUGAUCUGUAUAAAACUCACCUACAAUUCUUGUCAGCUGCCAAUGUCACAAUUGUUUUUGAGAUGUUUACUUUGGUUGCAUCACAUGCUCACAAACUGAACUCUGAGGUUGCCCUUCAAAACAAAAUACAGAAAGCAUGCUCAAUGCUGGACCUUUCUUACCCUCCCAUGGUUCAUUUUGAAAAUGAGGCACAUCAAAGUUACCUUAACAUCAUCCAAAAUUUCCUCAGAGAUCGUCCAACUGUCUGUGAGGAGAUGAACCUUGAAUCCCAACUCGUGGCAUUGUGUCAGAAAAUAAUGCUCAUUUAUCUGAAUUGUACACAGCCGCAAAAUGUUCCAGAGAAGCCGGUUAAAAAGCAAGUUACACAUUGGAUUCUUCCUUUGGGUUCAGCCAAAAAGGAAGAACUGUCAGCAAGAACCGCUUUGCUUGUGUCAGCAUUGAAGGCAUUGAGUGGUUUGGAUAGGAACGUAUUUAGGAGGUACAUUUCAAAUGUUUUUCCUGUCUUAGUGAACCUCAUACGGAGUGAGCAUAGCUCAGCAGAAGUUCAGCAUGUUCUUAGCAACUUGUUUGAGUCGUGUAUAGGUCCAAUUAUAAUGGGAUAAUAUAUUUGUUUAUUUUUAGGAUAUCAUAUACAUGUAUUUGAUAAUAAUGUUACCAGUUUUGGUUCUUAUCACAAUUGGGCAAGGACCUAAGUUGUCGUCUGAUUUAUUUUUUGUGGCAUAUUUCGAAGGUCCUCUGCUUUGUCCCUCUUUUCCCUUCACUGGGAUAUACAAUCAAAUGAUGCCCUGAUG